AGGUAAGGACACCUACUCCAACUCGUUCCUAUCAUCUAGUACUUCUUUCCCUCUAGUACGACCUAGUACCUAGAAUCCAUCCCUCUGACCCUGUCCUCCUAGUACCUAGAAUCAAUCCCUCUGACCCUGUCCUCCGAGUUGUGCCUAGAAUCAAUCCCCCUGACCCUGUCCUCCUCCUCGCCGUAUAUUCGCGACCAUGGCCGACGAAGAGGAUGCAGAGCAGGCAGCGAUGGCGCGGCUGCGAGGCCAGAUUAUACGCCUACAGAGUGAGCAAGCGCGCAGACGAGAACUCAUUCGAAGACACGAACAGCGAGACCAAGCCCUCAGAGAAGAACUCCACAGUCGAAAGGACGAGGCGGCAAAACUGAGCAACAUCAUUGUUAUGGCCAGAAGCAGAACGUGGUAGGAUUUGAUGAUGAUGAUGAUGAUGAUACUAAUCGCGUCGUGUAGUAGUUUGAGAAUAGUGAUUUCUCUAACCUUGAAUACGAGGAGUCGAAGCUGGCCAACGCUGCUCUACAACAGCAGAACCUGGAGGCGACGCAUGCACUGGAAAAGACGGAGGCUUUAAAGGCGAGUUGCGCCAGCUUGUUGGACGAAUUCAUACCUGGCGUUUACUCGGCGACUGGCAAUAAGUUCGCGGAAAAACGCGCAGCCAAACUAGCAGAGUUAAGGUAUUUUUAAGAAGUAUCUGUGAAGAAUACAGCCGCAUCCUCAAGAAGAGCAUAAUCUGUUGUCUUGAGUUUCUUGGAGCUUUCCUAGCAAGGUUGUGCCGGUGGGGAAAAGACUCCGAUUAGGUCGUGGAUUAUCUCGUACCAAGGACGAAGAUGCUUCUACUUCUACUUCUGUAGCUCCUCACUCUAAAACAAGGUGCCGGAGGAGGCGACGAUGACGGCGAUCGGGGAAAAGAACAGGAAGUCUUUCACGACGUCCUUUGGGUGACCUAUGUCCGGCCAAAGGAGGAGUUCAACUUUCAAAUGACCCUCAAAAUAGCCACAGAUACGCGGGUAAUGGACCUGCUAACGGACCUAUGCGAAUACUGGGGAUGCUCUGAAAGACAGAAUGUGCUGUUUUUACGACGAGCUGUGAAGUAAGUAGACGUAGACAGAAUGUGCAGCUGUUCAGGAUCACACGAUCGGCAUCGCGUGCUCUACUGCAUUAUAUUACCUUGGCAAUGUUGCCUUUGCCUACGCACUUUUUGCCUAAGAGCAACGAAAUACUAUAUGAUCUGACACUGUAGCUGUACGUAGUACAAGUGCACCAGGCUGCUCCUCUAAUCCUCAAAGGCGAAGUCGUUCCGAUUCCGAUGACUCAGCAUAGGGUGACAUUGAAUGCGAGUAUCACGGCACAGCGGGAUCCAUUAACGAAAAGAACGCAGAAGGAGGAACUUAUCAAAGCCCUAGACCCAGAAACGGGGGAGUGCAUCAAGAGCACAAUACUUGGGAAUGAUAUUAUUUUAGAAGGAGAUCAACUUCUAGGCAUCCAUUUUGCCGAAGAUGACGUCUCAAAAUGGCUUGAGGGGGAAAGAUCUUCUGCCGAAGCAGAAGAGAAUACUAGAGCAACUGACGAUCUAUUGUCACCGACAUCUGGAGCUGGAACGAAGCCAUGGAGUGUUGAGUGUACUUACUUACUUCAUUUCAGCUACUAGGAUUACUAUUACUUGAGAUUUUUGAAUAAAAGAUCGAAGCUCAACUCUUCCAGCUUCACGAUCAUUGCAUGUCCGUCUACUUCAGCAUCAACAUGAUACUCUUUCGACACUCUGUGUGGAGGAGACGGAAAGGCAAACUAUCCUAUCCUAUCCUAUAUUUUUAUCCAAACAACACUCAUCAUCUUCUCUCCCAAUGUUUUUUUAACAAACAUCUGUUUCAGCCGUCCUUGCACCCACUGCGGAGGACGACCAGCUGAUCUUUCAGUUUGCAGAAGACAGGAGGGUCCAAGAAGUUCUGCCUUUGACGGACAUUGCCCACUUGUACCUCGUCCACAAAGACGAUAAGGACGCGUGGGUGCAAAGAGUUCUAGCAGGAAAGAAGCGGAUAGCGCCAGGACAGGAAAACAAGCAGGACUCUGAUUUAUGAUGAAGUGAUAUCGUUAUCGCAUUCCCAUUCAUCUCUCGCUUUUGAUUUGUGUACUCCUUCCAGCUCGCUGUACGUGAAAAGCACUGUCUGCCAUGGAUGCACGUUUUUCAUCAAAAUGCACUCACAUGAGGCGUUUAUUGAUUUAGAACUCACUUUUGACUCGUCACAUCAAUCACUUCCACUUUCAGUUAAACUAUAAACUUUCCUUCGUCCUCAUCCUCAUCACUUCCACUUUCAGUUAAACUAAACUUUCCUUUGUCCACUUCCCACCUUCAUCUCUUGUAAACAUGGGUGCAGCGCGAGCAGCUGAGUACCCGACUUGUUUGGAGGUGACGCGGGGAUGGCCAGGUCUCUUCUACGAUAUGACGCAUCCCAGUGGGCAACAGAUGAUCAAAUCAACUCUACGAAACACACAAUGCCGCGACGUCUUCGCGUAUGUCCUGCUGUUUUUCUUCUUAUGGAGGUAGUGUUAUGUUAUGUUAUAUUGGGUGUUUCUGUUUCGUGUUUAUGAUUGUGAAUUGCAAAUCAAAAUCAACCAAUGAGUGUCGGAGAUUUAGAGUUUCGUGUUUAUGAUUGUGAUUUGCAAAUCAAAAUGAACCAAUGAGUGUCGGAGAUUUAGAUUACUUACACUUUUGCAGGACGGUUGUAAACGUUUAGCUUUAUGUCCGAGGAAACACGACACGAACAAGCACUCGUACUAGUGGGAUUAUCGAUGAUGGCCCUUGUCUGUCGCAGACCAAGCAUGUAUAGAGAAACCGUCUCUCCGACCACACACACUCUAAAUCCAACUCUCCUCGCCUUAGCUUCCAGUGUAGACCGGACUCGUGGCUUCUGGGCAACAGAUGGACUGCGAGGUGCAUUGGUCUUGGGGAGAGGAUCCAGUGACUUGGGUUCGGCAUGGUAUACCGCGAAUGCAGGAACGUCAACCAUAACAACUAGAAGAAGAAAACGGAAACGAAGAAAACGAAAGCUGCAAGAGAGCGUAGAGCAUCACACUGUUGGGCAAAAUGGGGGCGACCAGUUCUUUGAUACUAGGAGUGCCGUUGCUGAACGAAAGGACCACGUGAGCAGGGGAAGAACAGGGCAAGGGGAUGAUGCGGGCAGUACAAGCGGAAGGAGAAGACCCGAGGACGUACUAUCUGAAGAGCUCCUCGAUGAUGGAAGAGCUAGCACAACGAGAGUCAGGAGAGUAUUAUCAGCCAAUCUCAACGCAGAGGUCGAGGAGGUACAUGCAAGUAUCGACCGUAGACACCUUGCGACCUUAUUGCCGACGCUCGAUACUGCGACGUUUGUGCCUUUGCCAGAGAUUCGGGGACGCGAGCAGAUCUGGGCUUGGAUGAUAGGAACCUUAGCGGAGCAAGUCUUUUCUCCACGGUCGAGGCUGUGGAGCGAAUACCAACCAGCGUUUCAGAUGAUAAUACGGCAGCAAAGAGUAAAAACAAAAGCGAAUGGCUGUGGUAGGAACGCGUUUCUUGAGUAUGGCAAUGGCAAGUGGUAUCUCUGUAGAAGUGUUGAGUUUCCAUAGACGUCCGAGCUCAACUGUCUUCAUGAUAAGUACGAGUUGCAUACGUUCCAUGCGCCCAGCGGCUUGCUAUCAAGGUACAUUGUUUCAUCCAAAAUCCUUGAAAUCCUAAUUCCUGGCCAAUCCCUUCUUCAUCAAACGCUUUGGUUACCACAGGAAGAGCUGGGGGCUCUUUGCUACGAGCCAAACGUGAAUUCUGAGACCCAGGCUAAGACUUUUGAUGUUAGCACGACCGUGAUGGAGAACUUCGUGAGCCGCUUUAUUACCAAAACGCCAAGGCUCAGUAAUGUCACAAGUGGAGAUCCGUUGACGUUCGCGGAGGCUCCAGCGUAUUUAUUUUGUCGUCCUUUUAAGUCGUUUCUUUAAAUUCGGAGUACUAGUUGUACUAGUUGUAUCUUCAUUUUAUUGAUAUCUGAUUGAUUCGGUGUUGACUACGAUCACAUCGAAGUACAGUAGGUAUCUUCAAGUUGUAGAUGUAACCCACGACCAGACACCUUUCGUCCUCGUUACCACAUCAUCAUUUUACACUCCAUCAUCAAGGUCAUACGUCCACAGCGUCGCUGGAAGCCAUAACACAUAUGAUGGCAGCGGUUUUGUCGUAUAUUACGACACGAAGUACGCAGGCGCUGCAGCGUUUAAUGAGACAGAACUGGCAAAAGCAAAAUACGACUUCGUGCAGGAUAUGAUUUUUUUAUGGCUUUGGUAAUCCUGCUAGUCGUUCUUCUUCUAAUACAACAGAGUAUGAGUAAAACCAAUUAUCUCAGAGGAUGAGAAUCCUUUCACCGACAAACUGCAGCAAAACUCACACUACUAGCUUACAAGAACUGACUCUCUCUCUCAACAAGGCUCAGCGCCGGGACCCUCUAACAGGCCUUCGACACAACGACUACCUAGACGUGCAAUCAAGAGCUUUUCUUGUCGAGUUGACGACCUACCAUCCGACUCUGAAGACGUACGUUUCUCUGUCGAUUGUUUUCGAGUUGCAGCCAACCGGUGCAGUGCAAACUUCUACGCUUAUAGAGGUUGCAGAGCCUUUUGGGGACGGCACUGGGACUUACCCAUCACAUAGCGCGAUACAGACUUUGACGGUACUUGUUCUCUUAGGUUUUGCUGUCCCACUUCUUGGACCUCCUGCGAAUGAAUAUGAAGCUAAUAAUUAUUAUUCACUGCUUAGAUGAGUGGUCUUCAUGUUCCGCACUUCUCGUUGUCGUUUAUCCGCAACGUUAGAAACCGCCUGCUCCAAAAACCAAUUCCAGUUACUCCGUUUUCUCAUCUGCCUCUAUCUUGGGACCUUGAAGCCCUAUCUACGGAUCCGGGAAGUCAUUUUCGACAUGGAAAGACUGCGAACAAAUGCUUGGCGGGACGUCGUUUUUUCCUACAGCAACAUGGUCGAUAGCGUUCUAGUUGCUUUUGUUUCCUUAUGGCAAGAAGAAGGAUUUUAGAGAGAGAGAGAGUGUGAGUGAUGAUCCUUAUUUUCUCUGAUCCUCCAAAGCAUGGCGAUGUUUUCUUUGAGAAGCAGAUUCAAAGAUAGAUGCACAACAUAAUGCAUCGAGUUUAUAACGAGAUAACUGCAUCGUAGAAAACUCUACUUCCCCUAAGUCCCGUAAUCUUCUUCGCCAGGAGUGCUCAUGUUCUCCCGAAACCAGCUGAGGGAGACAACAAACUGUUACCGGGACAGUUUUUGUCUUUCGUGUCGUUUUAUUCGGCGAUCGAACAAGUGGAGACUGUGUUGCUGUUUGCCUUAAGGCCGCUAUCUCUUAUAUAGUCCAUCUUCAGAAGCAUCUUUUGGAGACGUUUUCAAGGGGGAAAGGUCUCAUCGAUGGGGUAAUUGGGAUGAGCUCUAAGUACCGUCGGUUUGCAGUGCAUGUUCCUUUUGUCUUUCUGGAACAGGUUUUUCCUUUUCUGGAAAAUCGUGCAGGGCAUGUUCAAGAUUUACUUCUUUUACUUCCUCGUGAUGACGCCUCUCUUUUUCGGUUGUGCGGUGCUCGCGACAGCGGUGUGGGGAUCCCACUUGAGCCAAUUUCGGAGUUACUUCAACUCCAGUGUCACGAUUGCUCUUGUCGGUACAGGCUACGUGCCUGACUUAUCCAAGCUAGCGGAUGUGUCGUACGCGUGGACAGUGGUUUUGAGCUUCUUGUACAUCUUCGGGUUCGCGUUCAUAAGCAUGAAUGGCUACUCGGCGAUUUUGGUGCAGAUCUUUGAUUAUGAGAGUGAGGCUUUAGUACCUUUCGAACUGUUGAUGAUGUUGAGAUGAAGGAGCAUCAAUAUUAAAUAUUCAUGCGCAUAUUCCCUACUUCAUAAAUAGUACAAUAUAUUCAUCCGCAUAUCCCCUACAAUAAAUAAUAGACCUUGUUGUAAUUUCCCGUCCCCGAACGCUCGAACAAAACCAGUACAACCAAUACCAAAAGCCACCCCUCUCUCCCCUUCUAACGCACACAAGUGUACCUGAGGCACGCACAGAAGACCAACAAAGGUUGGCUGCAGGAGACGUUGUGGGAGUACACGUCAGAUGAUGUGAUCAAGUACGUACUGCCUUCUGUAGUCUAUGACCGAAUGGCAUCGAAGCGUGGACGUGGAGAUGGCUAUGACGACGAGGAGGGGGAACACGAUAGGAUGUAG